GCGUCUGCUGUCGGCGGUGCGGGGCCGACGCCGGCUAAUAUUACCCGCUCCUUCGUGACCGGGGAAGUGACGGGGGUGGACGCAUCGCGCGCAGACAGCCGCACCCUCACCGCCUGCUUCAGGAUGGCUCAGGUCGAGGUGGACAGCGAUAAGGUGCGGUACACGCCGGAGAGCAUCGAGGCGGAGUACGAGUACAGCACCACGUCUGUCGUCUCGGAGAACAAUGUCCUGAAGGUGCGGCCCGUGACGGUGUCAUGCCACUUCCGGACGGCCCGGGCGGUGCCGCGGCUGGGGCUGAUGCUGGUGGGCUGGGGAGGCAACAACGGCUCCACUGUCACCGCCGCCGUCUGGGCCAACCGGCUGGGCCUCACCUGGCGAACCAAGACGGGCGAGCAGGCGGCCAACUACUACGGCUCGCUCACCCAGGCGUCCACCAUCGAGCUGGGCGCCGGACACCACGUGCCCUUCAGCAGCCUGCUGCCCAUGGUGCACCCCAACGACAUCGUGUUCGACGGAUGGGACAUCUCAUCCGCGCCCCUGUCGGAGGCGAUGACGCGGGCGCAGGUGCUGGACGUGUCCCUGCAGGACAAGCUGCGCCCUCACCUGGCCCAGCUGCGGCCCCGGCCGGGGGUCUAUGACCCGGACUUCAUUGCGGCCAACCAGGCGGAGCGCGCCGACAACGUCAUCAAAGGCACCAAGCAGCAGCAGCUGGAGCAGCUGCGGGCCGACAUCCGGCAGUUCCGCGCCAGCGCCGCCGUCGACAAGGUGAUCGUCCUGUGGACGGCCAACACGGAGCGCUUCUGCGAGGUGCGCGAGGGCCUGAACGUGACGCAGGCGCAACUGGAGGCCAGCGUGGCGGCCGGCGCCGCCGAGGUGUCGCCCAGCACCCUCUACGGCAUGGCCAGCGUGCUGGAGGGCUGCGCCUUCAUCAACGGCUCCCCGCAGAACACGUUCGUGCCGGGCCUGCUGCAGAUGGCCGAGAGCGCGGGCGUCUACGUUGGAGGUGACGACUUCAAGUCCGGCCAGACCAAGGUGAAGUCGGUGCUGGUGGACUUCCUGGUGUCGGCCGGCAUCAAGCCCGUGUCUAUUGUCAGCUAUAACCACCUGGGCAACAACGACGGCAGGAACCUGUCGUCGCCGCAGCAGUUCCGCAGCAAGGAGGUGUCCAAGUCGAGCGUCGUGGACGACAUGGUGGCCUCCAACGGCCUGCUGUACGGCGACGGCCGCGGCCCCGACCACUGCGUCGUCAUCAAAUACGUGCCCUACGUCGGCGACUCCAAGCGGGCCAUGGACGAGUACACCUCAGAGAUCAUGUGCGGCGGCCAUAACACGAUGGUGCUGCACAACACGUGCGAGGACUCGCUGCUGGCGGCGCCGCUCAUUCUCGACCUGGCCAUCCUCACCGAGCUGUUCCAGCGCAUUCAGUUCAGGGCGGCGGACGAGGAGGAGUACCACGGCUUCCACAGCGUGCUCUCAGUGCUCAGCUACCUUUGCAAGGCGCCGCUGGUGCCGCCCGGCGCGCCUGUCGUCAACGCGCUGGCUAAGCAGCGCAGCGCGCUGGAGAAUGUGCUGCGUGCCUGCGUGGGCCUUCAGCCUCUCAGCUCCAUGGCGCUGGAGUUCCGGCUGCCCGAGCGCAGCCGACGCGCCUGGCAGGAGCGGGACGUCGGCACGGAGGUGGCGCCGCCGCAGGCCGGGUCCGGCGUCAGCGGCGGCGUGCUCAACGGCAGCGUACGAAACGGCGCCAUAUCCAAAUGCGCCAUCAACUUAUUCAACGGUGCUGACGAUGCGCCCAACGGCACCGGCAGCGUUCCCAACGGCAUUGGCAGCGUUCCCAACGGCACCGGCAGCGUUCUCAACGGCACUGGCAGCGUUCCCAACGGCACUGGCAGCGUUCCCAACGGCACUGGCAACAGCGUGGGCUGCAACGGUCGUGGAUAGUCGGCUGGCCGGUCGGCAGCAGGAGCGAGGAGGGUCGCGCCCCCCGAGCGGGCGACGGCAGCCAGCCCGCAGCGGCGGCAGGUACUCCACAGUAGUGCCGCUGCGGCGCACGCCUGCCCGGACACUGAUCGGCGGCCGGAGCGGCGGUUGUCGGGCCCGGGUGGGUGUCGCCGUGGCCUUGUAUCUCGGCGAGUUACGCGGCCCGGCGGGGCUCACCGCCCCCACGCCUGGCCCCGAUCGGCUCGGCCGCGAUGCUAUCGGGACAGGAGGUCCUGAUCGGCUCGGCCGCGACGCCUGAUCAGGACAGGAGGUCCUGAUCGGCUCAGCCGCGACGCCUGACCGGGGUAGGGGCUGCGGCUGGGGCGACUCGUGCCGAACUCACCGCCGCGCUUCCGCGCCGCCGCGCGUGGCGCUCCUGCGGCUCCGACCAAGAACCUGGCCAGUUCCGUUUGUCGUGUCUCGGGCGGCCACUGACCACUGUCGUGCUAGCGAAGGCCGUCCCAGGCCUCUCCACCCCAGACCGGCGCACCAAUAAACCUCCUUAACCAUG